UAAAAUUGAACUUUCUCCCAUUUCAUAAAAGUCCACACUUGAAUAUCAAUAGUUACAUUGCUGAAGGUAACUUAGAGGACAGCAUGUCACUUACAUGGGAAAAUGCCACAUUUAUCAUGCUCUACAUUUUCUAGGUAUAAGUGUGAAAACAAUGGAUGUUAUAUAGUAACAAGAGAAAGGAAGUAAGACAUUAGUGUUGUGUGGUAUUUAGUGUAGCUGGGUAGGGAGCGGGGUCGCAGUGGGGAGGAAAAUGGAAGAUAAUGAACACCGGCCCAACGUAUAUAGGACUUCGUUACCAGUGGCUCAAUUCAGCCGAGGUGAUUUCUCGCUGUGGUCGGUUUUGAAGAACUGCGUCGGCAAGGAACUGUCCAAGAUCACGAUGCCGGUGGUGUUCAACGAACCGCUGUCUUUCCUGCAGCGGAUGCUGGAGUACCUGGAGUACGCGCACCUGCUGAGGCUGGCCUCGGAGCAAACUGACCCUGUUGCACGGAUGGAGCAUAUUGCUGCUUUCGCUGUCAGUGCUCUGGCAUCAAACUGGGAGCGUCUGGGUAAACCUUUCAACCCUCUCCUGGGAGAGACCUACGAAUUGGAAAGACCAGAGUUCAGAGCAGUUUGUGAACAGGUAUCUCAUCAUCCUCCAGUGUCCGCCUUCCACGCUGACAGUCCUCACUUCGUGUUCCACGGCUCAGUUCAUCCCAAAUUGAAGUUUUGCGGAAAGAGUGUGGAAAUACAGCCCAAGGGACACGUCACUGUGGAACUUCCGAGAUGGGGUGAAGCUUAUACCUGGACGAACGUGAACUGCUGCGUUCACAAUGUGAUCGUCGGUAAGCUGUGGAUCGAACAGUACGGGGCCAUGGAGGUCACUUGUCACGGCGGCGCGGGCCUGAAGGCCAACCUCUCAUUCAAACCCGCCGGGUUCAAUAACCGAGACCUCCAUAGAGUUGACGGAUUUAUCAUGGACCAGAACAAAAAGCGGCUUCGCUUCCUGUAUGGCAAGUGGACGGAGUUUAUAAAAGUAUGCAGCGCGAGUGCCCACGAAACCUGGGCGCGGGAGCGAGGUGAUGAGGGAACACAGCAGACGCCCUCACACACUCCUAAGAAGGUGCUCGCCAAAUUGAACAGUUUCAAGGUCGGGGCGCUGCGAUCUAUGUCCAUACAAGACAACGACGAGGCUGAAAACUCUGAUGAAGUCCCAAAACCAGAUGAAGCUUAUAAUAUUGAUAUUCCUGGUUCCACCACGUUGUGGGAGGCGCGUCCCAGACCAAGCAAUAGCGCACAGUAUUACCAGUUCACUGAAUUCGCAAUGUCCCUGAACGAGUUGGAGCGCGAUAUGAAGAGCCAGCUGUGUCCUACAGACAGCCGCCUGCGCCCCGACAUAAGGUUGUUGGAGGCUGGUGACAUUGACGGCGCUGCAGCGGAGAAGACUCGUCUAGAAGAGAAACAGCGUACAGCGCGGAAAGUGCUUAAAAAGAGCGCUGACGGCUGGCAGGCGAGGUGGUUCAGUCAAGGUACAAAUCCGUAUACGAAACAAGAGGACUGGCUUUACAACGGCGGCUACUGGGACCGUAACUAUCAGCAUCUGAAGGAUGUCGAUAUAUUUUAAUAUUUCAAUAGCCAUUUAAUUGAUUGUUGCUUAGAAAAUUAUUACGUGUACUUGAUGGAACUUACAAUAGGAGGAGGAGGAGGAGGAACUUACAAUAUUAGUCACCUGACAUUUUUAAAUUUGUCAAGUCGGUCUAAUGUUUCGUGUAUUCUUCUUGCCACAGAGGCUAUGGACACGGCAAUUUAUAAAACCAAGACCAUAUCGUCUAAUAUUGUAAAUCUUCAGGUGGCAACCCUAUAAAGUUUAAAUUAUACGAGAUAUAUGCUUUGGAUAGACACAAAGCACUGCUCAAUAAAUAAAUUAAAUGCACAAGAGCAUAAACAGUAUGUAAGCUAUUUGAUUUUAAAUAAAGCGACAACAUGUUUUAUUCAUAACAUGCUUCGUAAGUCAGAACAAAGUUUUACUUAUUUUACUCAUAGUUUAAACCAAGAUCUCCAAUAGAGUCGUUUCUUAUUUAAAAAUAUGUCUCCACACAAUUAAUCUUCCGAUAUAAACAUAGCCGACUUGCACCGUUAGUAUACAUGUAGUUGAAAAUAUUGUAGACAUCUAGAGGGUGUUGUCGCUAGCUUUAAGUAGAUCUAAUAUAAUACGGUCCCAUGAAAAAGUACGUUUUAUGUAAAAUAAUUUUAUAACUAAAUUAAAAAACAAUGACCUCACAUUGACUUCGCUUUAUUGUUUGACAUGAGCUUAAUUUAUUUAAAUAUAACUAAUUAACGCCUGAUUUUAAAUAAUGAAUCCAUUUAUAUCAUAUUUUAUUGUUCUUUUGAUUGCGUUCAAAGUUUAAUAAAUAUAUAAAUAUACAUUACGUGUGUUUUUUUUUUCGCGUUGUAAAUAAAAAAAAAAUUAUUUUAUAUUAUAUAGAUGCAGAAAUAUAGAGAAAUUAUUUUGCAUUAUAAUAGUAAUAUGUGAAAAAUUUCAUAGAUCUUAGCCAAAAUUCGUGAUUCGUGUAUAUAAGUGUUGUAAAGUUUAUAUUGAAUCAAAACAUCAAUGUAGUCUGUGUUAGAUGUUUUAUUAAUGAAUUGUAAUAUGUGAGUUUCUAUAAACGAUAGCCAUUCAUUGAUUGUAUACCCGAAAUAAAUAGAAUUCAAAUAGA